CGCGUCUCCUCUCAGGCGGCUCAGGACUCGCACCGCCGCCUCUCCGUUCGCUCACUGCCAGCCGCGACGCCCCCGCCGAGCCGCGCCUCAGCCAGUCGGCGGCGGGCAGGGAAGGAGCCGCUCAUUUUCGGGGCGAUAAUAGUUUAUAGAACUGAAGAGUUUCUGAAGAAGGUAACAGACAAGAGAAGGAAAAUGCCGAAACCAAUCAAUGUACGGGUAACUACAAUGGAUGCUGAGCUAGAAUUUGCUAUUCAGCCCAAUACAACUGGCAAACAGCUUUUUGACCAGGUUGUAAAAACAGUUGGUUUACGUGAGGUCUGGUUUUUUGGGCUGCAGUAUGUAGACAGCAAAGGAUACUCUACAUGGCUUAAACUGAAUAAAAAGGUGACACAGCAAGAUGUUAAAAAAGAAAAUCCUUUACAGUUCAAGUUUAGAGCUAAAUUCUUUCCUGAAGAUGUUUCUGAGGAAUUGAUUCAAGAAAUAACACAGAGACUUUUCUUCUUGCAAGUUAAAGAAGCCAUCUUAAAUGAUGAGAUAUAUUGCCCACCAGAAACUGCAGUUCUUUUGGCUUCGUAUGCUGUCCAAGCCAAAUAUGGAGAUUAUAAUAAAGAGAUUCACAAACCAGGAUACCUGGCUAAUGACAGACUCCUACCACAGCGUGUUUUGGAACAACACAAACUGACAAAAGAACAGUGGGAGGAGAGAAUACAAAACUGGCAUGAGGAACACAGAGGAAUGCUAAGGGAAGAUUCGAUGAUGGAAUACUUGAAGAUUGCGCAAGAUCUAGAGAUGUAUGGUGUCAACUACUUUGAAAUCAAGAAUAAGAAGGGCACUGAGUUGUGGCUGGGUGUUGAUGCUUUGGGUCUGAAUAUUUAUGAGCAUGAUGACAAGUUAACACCUAAAAUUGGUUUUCCCUGGAGUGAAAUCCGAAAUAUUUCAUUUAAUGACAAAAAAUUUGUUAUAAAGCCAAUUGACAAAAAGGCACCUGAUUUUGUUUUCUAUGCUCCUCGUCUGAGAAUCAAUAAGCGGAUUUUGGCCUUAUGUAUGGGAAACCAUGAACUGUAUAUGCGAAGGAGAAAGCCUGACACUAUUGAAGUACAGCAAAUGAAGGCUCAGGCCCGGGAGGAAAAGCACCAGAAGCAGUUGGAAAGGGCACAAUUAGAGAAUGAAAAGAAGAAAAGAGAAAUAGCAGAAAAGGAAAAGGAAAGAAUAGAGCGUGAGAAGGAAGAACUAAUGGAGCGUCUAAGGCAAAUUGAAGAGCAGACAAUGAAAGCCCAAAAAGAACUAGAAGAACAGACGCGGAAAGCUCUGGAACUGGAGCAAGAGCGCCAAAGAGCAAAAGAAGAGGCAGAGCGGCUAGACAAGGAGCGCCGGGCUGCGGAGGAGGCCAAAUCUGCCAUAGCCAAGCAAGCUGCGGACCAGAUGAAGAACCAGGAGCAGCUGGCAGCAGAACUUGCCGAAUUCACUGCCAAGAUUGCACUUUUAGAGGAAGCUAAGAAGAAAAAGGAAGAGGAAGCUACUGAGUGGCAACACAAAGCUUUUGCAGCUCAAGAAGACUUGGAAAAGACCAAAGAAGAGUUAAAAACCGUGAUGUCUGCGCCCCCUCCCCCUCCCCCUCCGCCAGUUGUUCCUCCCACGGAAAACGAGCAUGACGAGCAGGACGAGAACAGCGCUGAGGCCAGUGCCGAGCUGUCCAGCGAGGGGGUGAUGAACCACAGAAGCGAGGAGGAGCGGGUGACGGAAACGCAGAAGAAUGAACGUGUGAAGAAGCAGCUCCAGGCAUUAAGUUCAGAAUUAGCCCAAGCCAGAGAUGAAACCAAGAAAACACAGAAUGAUGUUCUUCAUGCCGAGAAUGUCAAAGCAGGCCGCGAUAAGUACAAGACUCUGCGACAGAUUCGACAAGGCAAUACGAAGCAGCGCAUCGAUGAGUUUGAAGCAAUGUGGGGACCCAAACUGUAUGCCCUGUUCCAGAUGCGCUCGUGCCAAAGCAGCAUAAAGCAUAUGUAACAGGACGAAGGCCUUCCUGCUCAUGAGGUCCCUGGCGGCUGACCCACGAUGAGCUAUGACAGCCCUGUGUCUUGAACGCAUACACCCCAAACUCUGGUAUCUCCAGGACAACUGGAUGGACUAGUCCCCAUCAACCAGAGCGCUUGCUCGUGUUCUCUCCAACCCCCAGUCUUGUUUGCUCUCGGUUGUCGUCUUGCUGUUUUUCUCUUUCCUGCACCUUUUCACUGUCUUCCUAGGAGCAGACUUCAGGAGAUGGACCAGGACUUGGGAUGUCUGCAGACCCUGCGGUCCUCAGCCAGCCAGCACCUGCUGAGCCUGGCUUUAAGAUACCAUUUUCUCAGACAGAUGCUGGAAGGCACCAGCUUCUGGAAAUCCCCCAGCACACCCCACCCCCGCGCUGUGUUUUUUCUCUGCAUGACUAGCUGCUCAUAAGAUGGAAUCUAAGGGGACAAUUAUCAGGACUUUUUCACCUUUUAAAAAUGGAUGUGACUUAUCUUCGGCUUUUAUCUGAGUGCAAAUUUGGUGAUGUACCUCUCCUGUGUGUACUCCUGUCGAAUCUGCAGAAAUCGAUGUGACAUACCCCCUCCUGUCUGGGCUGUUUGUAUAAUUGUAUAUAAAUGUAGCAAUAAAUAUAUUCUAACAA